AUGUCAUUUGUACCGGUAGAAACAAGUACCUCAAAGAAGUUACAGAAGAAGAAACUUCAUCAGAUGAUUGAUACUAGAUCUCUAUCAGUAUGUAAGCGCAUGAGAGUUCAUGUCACCAACAAUUUUCCUGAAAAUUGUCAUCCAUCCGUUCGUCACAACAAUGGAAACACUGUUCAACAACAUGAUGUCUUGAUUAAACAUAAGUUGAAUGUUCCCAAAAUUUCAUCAGUUUAUUCAAGAUGUGAAUGGUUUUCAAACGGUGGACGUAUUAUAAAUGAAUCUAAAUUUCCCGCUAUUUUUGAAUAUGACCAUAUUCAGAAACGAAAACAAGUUAGAGAGACUCUCAAACGUUUUGCUGAUGAAUAUACUAAGCUUUUGCGAGAAAAGAAUGCAGAAAAACAAGGAAGACAUAUCAACAUAAAGGCUGCAAUGAUUUUGAGAAAAGAAGGAAAGUGGGUAAAUUCUGAGUGGGCCUUUGGCCAUGUUCCUGGAGUUGAAAUUGGUGAUCAAUUCCGGUUCAAGGUAGAACUUGCUAUGGUUGGACUACAUCACGAAAUUUUUAGGGGUAUCGAUUAUGUGUAUAUUAAUAGAAAAAAUGUUGCAACUUGCAUUGUUGAUUCUGGUCUAUACGAGAAUGAGACCAUAUCUUCUCAAAAGUUCAUUUAUAUAGGUCAAGGAGGGAAUCCUAGAGUAUCUGUUAAUGCGAGAGUGGAAGAUCAGAAGCUUAAAAGGGAUAAUCUUGCCUUGAAGAACUCAAUGGAUUUGGGAUAUUCUGUGAGGGUUAUUUAUGGUCGUCCAAGAGUUAAUAGUGAAAAGAUCGAUGGAAAAUACAUUUACUAUGGGUUGUACACUGUAACUAAGUGUUGGCGAGAAAGAGGUCCAACUGGAAAAUACGUUUUCAAGUUUGAACUGCAGAGGAAUCUUGGCCAACAAGAACUUACUCAGUUAGUCAAUGUCAAUCAUAUUUGUGAAACUGUUAACAAGGCACCAAAAUCUACUAUGCAGACAAAGUUUAUUAUGGAGUAUGAUGUGUCGCAAGGGAAGGAAAAUAUACCAAUUCCCACUAUCAAUGAAAUAGAUGAUGAGAGAUCCCCACCUUUCACAUACAUUACUAACAUGCAGUAUCCUGAUUGGUAUUAUAUCAUUAGGCCUCAAGGUUGCAGUUGCACAAGUAGAUGCUCGACUUUUGAUCAGUGCUCUUGUGCUUCUAAGAACGGAGGCAAGUUUCCAUUCAACCCAAAAAGCUCUAUUCUUAGAGCAAAACCUCUUGUUCAUGAGUGUGGUCCAUAUUGCAAAUGUCCUCCAUCUUGCAAAAAUAGGGUUAGCCAACAUGGUCUUCGGUACCAUUUCGAGGUUUUCAAAACCAAAUCGAAAGGAUGGGGUUUGAGGUCAUCAGAUUAUAUUUCACCCGGAAGUUUUAUUUGUGAAUAUAUCGGAGAAUUGCUUGAUCAUAAGGAAGCCAAAAUUAGAAUGGAUUAUGAUGAGUACUUCUUUGAUGUUGGCAACUAUAAUGAAUAUAUCCCCAAAAGAAAGGUUGUAAGUAGUAAAGUCGAGUCAAAUUCUUAAAGGAAGGAUGAAGAUGGAUUUACUAUUGAUGCCGCAAUAUAUGGGAAUGUUGGUAGAUUUAUCAAUCAUAGUUGCUCACCAAACCUUUGUGCUCAAAAUGUCAUAUAUGACCAUGGUGAUAAAAGAGUACCUCACAUAAUGUUUUUCGCUUCCAAAAGUAUUUAUCCAUUAGAGGAGCUUACUUAUCACUACAACCACCGAAUUGUUCGUGUUCAUGAUACAAAUGGCAAUUUGAAGAGAGAGAAGGGUAAAUGUGGCUCUCAUAAAUGCAGCGGGAGAAUGUAG